CGCCCACAUUUUAGGUGGCGAAAUGUUAAUUCUAGUGUGCGACCGCUCCCUACGACUUAGGACUAGUAGAUACGAGAAUUACUGGAGGAUUUCCAAGAACGCCCCGAAACAGACACGACCGAGAGGCUACAGGAAACGGGAGAGCCCAGUGACCUGGGGAUUUGGGCCCGAGGGCUUAACUGGAGGGAAGCGGCAGGAAUGUGAACGAAUCAGGAAGACUCGUUCCGGCUCGCUUCACCCCAUCCCACUGCCUAGAGGUCAAGGCCGCCUGGCAUUUCGGGCCGCGAUCUGCCGCUGCCGCUCCCCCCACCCCGCUCCGGGGCGCCCCGCGGGUCCGCAGGCCAGGAGGGGUCAGGGGCCCCGCUGUCCGAGGGGCGGGCGACCCGACCACCGAGGCCUCGCCCUCGGACGACAGCUGCGAGGCAGCCAGGAGGGAGCCGGGAGGAGGGGCCGCGGCCCCGGCCCGCCCCGAAGCCGCGAAGGCAAAACAGAAACCUAUCGCGGGGGAAACGGAACGCAGCCCGGCCCGCGCCGCCCGACCCUGCCCGCCGCCGAGCGGCUCCGCCGACGGGAGCGAGAUGGCCGCCCCCUCCCCCGGCCCCGCCGCGGCCCCAACCGCCGCGCCGACAAGUCGCCACCGCCCACUGCCUGCCCCCCCUCGCUUGCCCGCCUGCCCGCCCUCCUGGGACACGGCCCGCUCCACCCCUCGCGGCUGCUCACCGCGCUGAGGCGGAUCCCGCUGGGUGGCUGCGUCGCCAUCUUGAGCGAGCUACAAAGCCAGGACCGGCCUCGGCCGCAACCCGACUGGGAGGCGGCCGGGAAGACUGCACGGCCUGCUGGGCCCACCCACUUCCGGGGCGGGGCGCGCGGCCGCCCCGCCCACCCACUUCCGCCUCGGGCACUGUGGUACGGAGAGCUGUGGGGAAGGUAAAUUGAGGCUGGUUUAAACCAAGAACUGGGCUCACAGCGCCCGGCCCUGCAGGGGUAGGGCGCAUGCGUGAGACGGGCGGGCGCGAACGGGUCGCCGCAUUAACCGGACCUGGAGACUUGAGGGUCUGGAAUUCGAAGCCUAUAGCGACGUGUGCCGGGGCCCGGAGAAGCGCGCUCCAGGCGCCUGACCUGGCUGGAAGUGAAUUGCGCCAAAAAAGCCAUCCCGUGCCCACCUGUGUCCGUGGGAUUUGAAACCUUGCUAACGAAACGUAGAUUUUGUGCAUACUGGAGUUGUCCUGGAAAUUAUCAUCCUUCAUCCUUAUGAAAAGAGUCCUUUCUCGCAUGCACAUUUAUUCGGUGUCGGCUUGGAGCCCAGCACCGGGCUGAGUGACGAAGAUAGAGAAAUGAAGAAAUAUAGGGUUGUUACAUAUUGCAGCACCACCUUAUCAGAAACAUCAACCUUUAUGUUCUUCCUUUCGUUACUGUGGACUGCCUACAUAUGCCAGACCCCGAAGGAACUGAAGAAGAUACGGGGUCUCUCUCUUCCACAAAAGGGGCGCCUGCCUCGCAGCCAGCGAUGGGCUAUGACAUUAGUAGGUGCUCUAAUAGGGCUGCCCUGUGACAAAGUGCCUCACUGUGUCUGAGGAGCUGCAGAAAGAAGCAAGACUGAGGAAUUCGGAUCUCAAAGACUGGCUCCCAUAUGUUUGUUACAUAAACAAUUUGAGUGGGACGUGUCGGGUGAAGGAAAAGAGUAUCACGCAGCUCGAACAACAUAGAAAAGAUAUGCAAGAGAUUAAAAUGCUGAGUGGUUCGGGGAGACAGAAGAGACAGACGGGAGGCCUCCAGGUCCCAGGGAUUAAAUUCCCACCUCCCCUCUGCUUCUGGUUGACUUUGUGGGGGAAACCCAGGAUGAGACAGACACUGUUCAUCGCGUAAGGGAAACCCUGGCUUAGACCCUCUUCCGCGCCCUCCCUUUAAACUCACAGUAAUUUUGGUUUUGUGUUAGAAUUUUUAUUGGGGUAACAUACACAGCACAUAAAAUUUGCCAUUUUCACCCUUUUUCAGCGUACAAUACAGUGACAUUGAUUACGCACACAUUGUGGUGUCGCCAUCACACAUCUCCAGAACUUUCUCAUCUUUCCAAACUGAAACACUGUACCCAUUAGACACGAACUCCCCAUCCCCCUCUCCCAGCCCCCGGUAUCCACCCUUCUACUUUGUGUCUAUGAAUUCGGCUACUUCAGGUCCCUCACGCAAGUGGAGUUAUCCAUUUGUCCUUCUGCGACUGGUUUACGUAUCCUAAUGUCCUCAAGGUUCAUCCAUGCUGUAGCAUGUGUGAGAAUUCCCUUCCUUUUUGAGACUGAAUGAUAUUCUGUUGUGUGGAUAGACCACAUCUUGUUUAGCCAUUCAUCUGUCGAUGGACAUUUGGGCCAUUUCCACCUGUUGGCUAUUGUGGAUAGUGCUGCCAUAAACGUAGGUGUACAAAUAUCUGAGACCCCAGGGGCACCUGGGGGGCUCAGUCGGAUGGGUGUCCGACUUCAGCUCGGGUCAUGACUCACGGUUCAUGGGUUCACACAUGAACCA